UUGUUAAAAGCAAAACGUCAGAUUAGCGCUUGCAAUUUCUCGCUGGUUAUGGGGAUGAAGUAGCGUUUUAGAUUCUUUUAACGGCUUCGCGUACUUACAAGAAGGACGUCGACAUUCUAUGCGUAAUGGUCCAUGUGAGGAUUGAUGUAAGCGGGACUCGAUUCGACAAAUUAUCUUUUGUUCACCCGGAUCCGCAAGCCUGGAGUUGAUGCUGGAGUUUCUCUGCCCAGAAAAUGGACAGCUCGUUCGAACCAACUGAUGAUGUAUUCAGUAAAGAAAUUCUAGGCAACGAACUUCGCGAAGAAUUACUCGCCUAUAAAUUCUCACCAUCAGAACUUCAAGCCCUCUGUAAAGUACCAUGUCGCGUACGGUUAAACCAUCGCAACGUAUAUUACAGUCUAGAAAAGAAGGUCGUUGAAAUGUUGAAUCGAACAAAUAAACCACUGGAAAGAAGGCAAGAGUACACUCUGAAAAUACUCAACAACAAAUUCAAUCAUUAUUACAGCAAAUUCUUGAAGUGGCAAGAGGACUACAAAGGUCGAUUGAAUGGUAUUCGAUCCAACCGAAAGUUAGGAUCAAUCCUCUACAUUGAAAACUUAAGGGAAGCAGAGGAAGAAGAAAUAAUAGAUGAAUCAGAGCGAUUAGCAAGUUCUUCACAAUUAAGCAAACAUACGAACUACUCUCUACAGAUCCAAUAUACUCCCGGCACUGAGGAAUUCCUUAAGACUCCGGCGGCUCGAGCGAAGACAGUAUUGAGUAGUGAAGAUAUUGAAGAUUUCCAGGAAUUCGCACAUGCUGGGAUAGUAGUAGGUUCGGAUGCGAUCACUGAUACUCAACCCACGAAUAAUAUGCCAUCACAACAGACCUAUAGUGGAUUUACGGGGGGACUUGAUAAGAGGCUACAGAGCAGUCAAGUAACAUCAACUCAAGAAUAUGUGGCCGCUUGAAAUAGAGCUUUUUUGACAUUAUUUUUUAAAUUUAAGUACUAAUAGUUAGAUCUGAGAAUUAAUUCCUUUUUUAAGAUGUGUAAAUCCUUCAGGACAGAAAGAAGAUCCUUUAUUAAUUGUACAGACCGACGUGGUGUCUAGUUCUAAGUAUAUUAUUAUAUGUUAAUUUUUUUCAAUAAAAUGAAUGU